CGCCGCGGCCGGCCAGCCAGUCUUUUUGGGGCCUGGAAGAGUGUUUUGACUCCCAAAAGGGAAAGCCGACUGCAAGUCGAAGUUAAUAAGUUUACCAAAAUGAUAAAUCUCUCCUGGUCACUGUGUAGCUGUGUAUUGAUUUGUGCCCUGUCACCACCAGAUCAAGUAGGAGGUUGACGAGGUCUGCUAGAAUCUUCUCUCCAACUUUCCUCCAGCCUCCAAGAUCCUUUUUAGUUACUAAAAUAUAACCUUACAAGGGUUAAAAGCAUUAAGAUGAGAAAAGUUGAUCUCUGUUUGAGCUCUGAAGGGGCAGAAGUGAUUCUAGCUACAUCAAGUGAUGAAAAGCACCCACCUGAAAGUAUCAUUGAUGGGAAUCCAGAAACGUUUUGGACCACCACAGGAAUGUUUCCUCAGGAGUUCAUUAUAUCUUUUCACAAACCUGUAAGGAUCGAAAAGCUUGUAAUCCAGAGUUACUUAGUGCGGACCUUGAGGAUCGAAAAGAGCACGUCUAAGGAGCCAGUUGAUUUUGAGCAGUGGAUUGAAAGAGAAUUCACACACACCGAGGGACAGCUUCAGAACGAGAUUAUGGCAUGCGAGUGCUCUGCCACUUACUUGAGGGUCAUUAUUAUAUCAGCCUUUGACCAUUUUGCAUCUGUGCACAGCAUUUCUGCAGAGGGAGUAGCCAUCUCAAAUCUUUCUUAGUAAUUACAGCACAAUGUUCUGAUGAUUUUUAACACUGUUACCAUUUAAACGCAAAGAUGUCACUGAUAUACUCUAUUA